CGAUGGACUCGUCCGCCUCCAAUCCGCCCGCUAGCACACCCUCGUCCAAAGGAAAAUCAAGGAAGAAGAAGGAUUUACGGAUAACCUGUAUGUCCAAGCCCCCAGUGUCCAACCCCACACCGCCCCGGAACCUGGACUCUCGGACUUUCAUCACCAUAGGAGACCGGAACUUUGAGGUGGAGGCUGAUGACCUGGUAACCAUCUCGGAGCUUGGCCGUGGAGCCUAUGGGGUAGUGGAGAAGGUGCGGCAUGCCCAGAGUGGCACCAUCAUGGCCGUGAAACGGAUCCGAGCCACUGUGAACUCACAAGAGCAGAAGCGACUUCUUAUGGACUUAGAUAUCAACAUGCGGACAGUCGACUGCUUCUACACUGUCACCUUCUAUGGGGCACUCUUCCGAGAGGGUGACGUGUGGAUCUGUAUGGAGCUCAUGGACACCUCUCUGGACAAGUUCUACAGGAAGGUGCUGGCUAAAAACAUGACGAUUCCAGAGGACAUUCUGGGAGAGAUUGCUGUGUCGAUUGUGAGGGCUCUGGAGCACCUGCACAGCAAGCUAUCUGUGAUCCACAGAGAUGUUAAACCCUCCAAUGUGCUCAUCAACAAAGAGGGCCACGUGAAGAUGUGUGACUUUGGGAUCAGUGGCUACUUGGUGGACUCUGUGGCCAAGACCAUGGAUGCUGGUUGCAAGCCCUACAUGGCACCUGAGAGGAUCAACCCGGAGCUGAACCAGAAGGGCUACAAUGUCAAAUCAGAUGUCUGGAGCCUUGGCAUUACCAUGAUUGAGAUGGCCAUCUUGCGCUUCCCUUAUGAGUCCUGGGGUACUCCAUUCCAGCAGCUGAAGCAAGUAGUGGAGGAACCAUCCCCCCAGCUCCCAGCUGAUCGCUUCUCCCCUGAGUUUGUGGACUUUGUUGCACAGUGCCUCCGAAAGAAUCCUGCAGAACGCAUGAGCUACCUGGAGCUGAUGGAGCACCCGUUCUUCACCUUUCACAAAACCAAGAAGAUGGACAUUGCUACCUUCGUGAAGGAGAUCCUGGGGGAGGAGUCAUAGGGCGGAGCCUGGGCCC